UUGCUAUCAUGUACAGAUCUUUAAUCCAGUCAUGAAUAAUUUUAUAAAUUUGACCGAGUUUUUGGUAUUUUUAAUCGGUUUUGCAUUUUCAACAUUUUUAAUGCUAAAUGUUUACAGUUCCAUAAGAACAGCAGAAUAUAAUCAAAGAAUUAAAAGUGAUAGCAUUUAUGCAAAUAAAUUUAAACACGUUAAAAAUAUUUUAAGCAACUUCAAAAAUGAGGAAUUCAUUCCAAAUCCAGUGAGUUACGAGAACAAAUUAGCAGAUCAUUUAUUCAAUGAAGUUCGUGUCCUCUGCUGGGUCUUUACUCAUCCGGCAAAUCAUAAAACAAAGGUGCCACAUGUGAGAGAAACUUGGGGUAAAAAAUGCAACAAAUUACUUUUUAUGAGCAUUGAGGCUGAUUUAGAACAACCAGACAUUAUUGCACUUCCGAUUCUAAAUGGAAGAUCACAUCUUUGGAACAAGACUCGGCUGGCUAUGAAAUAUGUUUAUGAAAAUUAUUUUAAUGAUGCUGAGUGGUUUAUGAGAGCUGAUGAUGACAACUUCAUUUUAAUGGAAAAUCUUCGCUACAAACUCUAUCAAUACAAUCCACGCACCUCAAUUUACAUUGGUCAUCGCUUUGCUGUUGAUUAUCAAGAUACCCCAGAAGGAUAUAUGGCAGGUGGAGGACACAUUUUCUCAAAGAAAGCACUUGAAAAAUUUGUGACCAUAAUUUCACCAAAUAGUUCAAUUUGUGAUAAUAAAGAUGGCGAAGCUGAUGAUCUUUUGGUUGGAAAGUGUUUGAAGGAGCAUGCAAUUUUUAUUGAUGCACGGGAUUCAUUUAAUCAAAAGCAAAUUUUUCCAGUUGGAAUCGAAGAACAUGUCAAUAAGCCAGAAAUACUUGAUUUGAAUUAUUGGUACUGGAGAAAUCUAUGGAGGAAUGUGUCACAAGGUGGACUUGAAUGCUGUUCUGAUGUCUACAUUGGAUGUCAUUAUGUUAGUCCAGUGGAGAUGUAUGCAUUGCAAUAUAUGAUCUAUGAUGUUCAUCCAUUUGGGUUGAGUAAGAAUCUGACAGAAAAGUUACCUAGAAAAUUGAAUUUAACUGAAAUUGUGAAUGCUUCUGAUGUUGCCAGUUAUUCUCCAAACUUUAGACUUCACGAGCAUAUUCAUUACUUUGAUGAUGAUGAGAGAUACUGAUGGAAAUGUUCUAAUUUGGAAUGUCAAAUUAAGGAACUAUGAAAUUGUAAUAUAAAAGUAAAAAAUUAUAAAACUUUAUUUAAAACAUUCAAUAGAUUGGUAAAAAUAUGUCAUUAUGAGCAACAAGUCAUAUUAAAUUAAAUUCAAAUCAGCUAUAUUCAAGCUGCUUUAUAGCUUCAAUUGAGGUACAGAAAUCAUUUUAAUUCUUUAAGCAUAUUUUAUCGCCCAAAAAAAUGUGACCAACACUGAUUUUGAGCCUUAAAAGGUCUCAUAAAAUAAAUGCGAAAUAAAUUGAAAUAAUCUAUGAAUUAACUGAUCCUUAAGCAAAAGAUGCUUAACAAUUUAUCGAGAUUAAGGUUGAAUAAUAAACGAGAAAGUAAAAAAAAGUCAGAAGAUUACAUUUUAAACUUAAUUAAAUUUUUUUUGUGUGCUUUUCUCCACAAAAGGAGAGCUGAAUUUUUUAUGCAUUAUUUUUAUGGCCUCCAUCUUCAUCUAUCCGUUUUUAUGGGUUGACGUUGACGUCUAUAGUAAAAGGCAUUGUUGUGCGGAAAGCAAUCAAAAUUUUCUUGUCUGGAACCCCUAUAAGUUUUAACUUGAAAUUAACAUCCUCCUUAUUCUUUGACUCUAGUGUAAAUUCCUUUAAGAUCU